AUGAGUGAUUCGAACGAGCUCGAGGUCGAGAGCAUUAGCCCCUACGGGCCAGCUCGCUCGACAAUCAAGGGAGAGCCACUAACCAAGGAAGAGAUCGAGAAGUACAAUGACUUCUUCAAGGCCAGCUUAUAUCUCAGUCUGGGCAUGAUCUAUCUCCGCGAGAACCCCCUUCUCAAGGAGCCUCUCGACACAAAACACCUCAAAGCCCGUCUCCUCGGCCACUUCGGCUCCGCACCCGGCCAAAUCUUCACAUGGAUGCACUUCAACCGUCUGAUCAAGAAGUAUGAUCUCGACUCCAUCUUCAUCUCCGGCCCUGGCCACGGUGCACCCGCCGUUCUGUCGCAGGCAUACUUGGAGGGUACAUACUCAGAAGUCUAUCCCGAGAUGUCGGAGGACGAGGAGGGCAUGCAGAAAUUCUUCAAGCAGUUCUCCUUCCCCGGUGGAAUCGGCUCGCACGCCACUCCGGAAACACCAGGCAGCAUCCACGAGGGUGGUGAGCUGGGUUACUCCAUCUCUCACGCUUUUGGCGCCGUCUUCGACCAUCCCAACCUGAUCGCCCUAACAAUGGUGGGUGAUGGCGAGGCCGAGACCGGUCCCCUGGCAACAUCAUGGCACAGCAACAAGUUCCUCAAUCCCAUCACCGACGGUACCGUCCUCCCCGUCUUACACUUGAAUGGUUACAAGAUCAACAACCCUACGAUCCUCGCCCGUAUCAGCCACAAGGAGCUGGAGAACCUGUUCCGCGGCUAUGGUUACGAACCAUACUUUGUUGAGGGCGAUGAUGUCGAUACUAUGCACCAGGCCAUGGCCGCAACACUGGAGCACUGUGUCCUGGAGAUCAGGAAGUUCCAGCAAAAGGCUAGGGAGUCCGGCAAGGCUUUCAGGCCCAGGUGGCCCGUCAUUAUCCUUCGCAGUCCCAAGGGAUGGACCGGUCCCCGCAAGAUUGACGACAAGUUCCUCGAAGGAUUCUGGCGUGCUCAUCAGGUGCCUAUCACCGAUGUGCACGAAAAGCCCGAGCAUCUCAAGGUUCUUGAGCAGUGGAUGAAGAGCUACGAGCCAGAUCGUAUCUUCAAGGAUGGAAAGAUCAGCGAGGAUCUCAAGGAACUCUGCCCGACUGGAACACGCCGGAUGAGUGCCAACCCCGUCGCCAACGGUGGCACCAUCAGGAAAGCACUGAGGAUGCCCGACUUCCGCAAGUAUGCUCUCAAGAUCGACAAGCCGGCUUCGACUAUGGCCGCUAGCAUGGCCAAUAUGUCCACGUUCCUCCGAGAUAUCAUUGCCGAGAACCCUACCACCUUCCGACUUUUCGGUCCUGACGAGACCGAAUCCAACAAGCUCGGGAAAGUUUACGAAGCGGGAAAGAAGGUCUGGCUGGGCGAGUACUUUGAGGAGGAUAAGGACGGCGGUAAUCUGGCCCCCGAGGGUCGUGUUAUGGAGAUGCUCUCUGAACACACGUGUGAGGGUUGGCUGGAAGGCUACAUUCUCAGCGGUCGCCACGGUCUCCUGAACAGUUACGAGCCGUUCAUUCAUGUCAUUGACUCGAUGGUCAAUCAGCACUGCAAAUGGCUCGAGAAGUGCUUGGAGGUUGAGUGGCGUAACAAGGUCGCCUCUCUCAACAUCCUCCUCACCGCCGUCGUCUGGCGUCAAGACCACAACGGCUUCACCCACCAAGACCCCGGCUUCCUUGACGUCGUGGCCAACAAGAGCCCCGAGGUAGUCCGCAUCUACCUCCCGCCCGACGGCAACUGCCUGCUCUCCGUGACGGACCACUGCCUGCGCUCGUCCAACUACGUCAACGUCAUCGUGGCCGACAAGCAAGAACACCUGCAGUACCUGCCCAUGGAGGACGCCCUCAUCCACUGCACCAAGGGCAUUGGCAUCUGGCCGCAAUUCAGCAGCGACCGCGGCGAGGAGCCGGACCUGGUCAUGGCCUCGUGCGGCGACAUCUCGACGCACGAGUCCCUGGCCGCCAUCGACUUGUUGCUCCAACACUUCCCCGAGCUCAAGAUCCGCUGCGUCAACUGCGUCGACCUCUUCAAGCUGAUCUCGCACGACGAGCACCCGCACGGCCUGACGGACGCCGAGUGGACGGCCCUGUUCACCGACAACAGACCCGUCAUCUUCAACUUCCACUCCUACCCCUGGCUCGUCCACCGCCUGACGUACAAGCGGCCCGGUUCGCGCAACGUGCACGUGCGCGGCUAUCGCGAGAAGGGUAACAUCGAUACACCCCUGGAGCUGGCCAUCCGCAACGGUACGGACAGGUUCAGUCUCGCGAUGGAGGCUAUCGAUCACAUGACGGGUUUGCUGGGUAAUCGUGGAGCGGCGGCGAGGGAGCAGCUGAGGAAUGAGCAGCUUAAGGCGAAGGCGAUGGCGUUUGAGGUGGGCAUGGAUCCGCCGUUUUUGAAGAAUUGGACGUGGCCGCAUACGGGGCUGUGGAGUAAGGGGCAGCCGAGGGUGGCUAGUGAACAGCAUCUUCAGUGA